AUCAAUUCGAAACUCAAACUUGUGAAAUUCCAAAUGGGUAAUCAUUUUCUAACGUUAUCUCUGCUUCUCGUAACAGUCUGCGUUUGCGUUUCUUUCAUCACCACGAAGCUAAACCCUAAAGAAGCAAUCGUAUCUGUCUCCUCCGAUUCUGAGAUUCGUACUGAAAUUCACGGAGUCAAGAUCUUGCGUCAAGCUUCUGAUACCAAACUUGCUCAACUAGGCGUAGCUUCUUGGCCCAAGUGGGAAGGUGCUCCAAGCAAGUUUCCAUGGGAGUUUAAGAAGACGGAAACGAUAUAUUUCGUGGAGGGGAAGGUGAAAGUGAAUGUAGACGGAUUCGACGAAGAAGAAGAAACGUUCGAGAUAGGGAAAGGAGAUGUUGUUGUUUUUCCUAAAGAUAUGAAAGUUGUUUGGGAGAUAACUGAAGCUGUGAAGAAACAUUAUAGCUUAGAGGAGUAGUGACUUUAGUUUGUAGAGAGAAUUUGAGUCGCAUUGAUGUUUGUUUGUUGUAUUGUAUCUGGUUGCUAACUUUGAACUAAGCCUAUCUAUGGAAUUGCAAUGUUGAUGGGGAUUAUGGUUAUAGCUCUCACGUUUCGAAACUUUGGGAGAUUUUGUUAGGUGACAUGUGGUGUAAAUAUAUGUAAGGGCCCUAGUUAUAGGCCAUCCAUAAGUACCCUAUCCACUUGAAAGACUCAAAGAGAACAUUGCUUGAAUCUUUAGCUUCUCUUUCAUCCAUUCAAGAGACUCACCGUUGUGUACUCUAAUGGGAAACUCUAAAGAAGCAAUCAUAUCUCUCUUGAAUUCUGGGAUUCUUACUGAAAUUCAUGGAGUCAAGAUCCUACGUAAGUUUCGGAUACCAAACUUGCUCAACUAGACUACACUUCUUGGACCAAGUGGGUAGGUGAUCGAAGCACGUUUCCAUGGACGUUUGAGAACACAGAAACAAUUUAUUUCGUCGAGGCUCCGAUGCUCACUGCUACCGUCCAUGCUUUGCUUGUAGAACUCAUCUUUUCUUUUUCUUUGCGUUUUGAGAAUUGUUGUUGUGUGUGUUUUUGAUGAUGUUUAGAAAGUGAAGUGAAUUGGUGUAUUUAUGUAAGAGAGAAGAAGCCAACAAUAUUGCUGUGAAGUUGGAGUCAAAACUACAAGCUGUGGCCGUUGGUUUUGUUCGUUACUACUGUCUGGUUAGUGAAAUGACGUUUUUAGCCUUUUAAAUGAACUGGAUAAGGGGUA